GCUAGUAUGACAAAGCACCGUUGUCUAGUGGUUAAUGAUAUCUUUUCCGUUGAGCACAUGAUAGCUCUCGACUGUAGGAUCGAUACACUCAAAAAAAAAAAAAACUUGUAUGAGUCAGCCCCUCCGUUCCUCUGGUGGGGUGGCGUGGAAAGAUACGAUGGUAUUGAGUAGUCAAAACUUGGGUCUACGAAGCCAUUGAGCUUUUCUAUCAAACCUAAUUUCUGUUACUACGCAUCUCAAACGUAGUAGGAGCCAGCUAUUAUCACUAUGCCCACUGUUCAUCUGCUUGAUUAUGUCGCUGGAAAUGUGCGUUCCUUGGUGAAUGCCAUCAACAAGGUUGGAUAUGAAGUUGAGUGGGUGAGAUCGCCCAGCGAUUUGAAAGAUGUCGAGAAGCUCAUACUUCCAGGAGUCGGCCACUUCGGCCAUUGCCUUUCUCAGCUUUCAAGCGGUGGCUAUUUGCAGCCGAUAAGAGAGCAUAUUGCUUCCGGGAAACCGUUUAUGGGAAUAUGUGUUGGUUUACAAUCCCUUUUCGAGAGUUCCGAGGAGGAUCCCAACAUUCCUGGUUUGGGUACAAUCCCAGCGCGGUUGCGCAAAUUUGACGCAAAAACGAAGAGCGUACCUCAUAUCGGUUGGAACUCGGCAACAGAUACCCGCAUUGACUCGACUGGAGGCCAGACCUUCUAUGGAUUGAGCCCAAGCAGCAAGUACUACUACGUACACUCAUACGCCGCGCCAUAUGAGCCGGGAAUUCUUGAGAAAGAUGGUUGGUUGGUCGCCACGGCGAGUUAUGGGGAGGAGAAAUUCAUCGGCGCGAUAGCACGAGAUAACAUCUUUGCGACACAAUUCCAUCCCGAGAAGAGCGGCCAAGCAGGCCUACGCACCCUUCGCGCUUUCUUGGACGGAGCUCAGCUCCAUUCUGUCACAUUAGAAGACUCGAUUUUGACAGGAGAGAAAAACGGUCUUACCCGUAGGAUCAUCGCCUGUCUUGAUGUUCGUACGAAUGAUGUCGGCGAUCUCGUUGUGACUAAGGGCGAUCAAUAUGAUGUUCGCGAGAAGGAUGGUGCGGAUGCUGGAGGGCAAGUGAGGAACCUGGGAAAGCCGGUUGAUAUGGCUAAGAAAUAUUACGAACAGGGGGCAGAUGAGGUGACGUUUUUAAACAUCACCUCUUUCAGAAACUGUCCGUUAGCCGACCUCCCUAUGCUCGAGAUUCUCCGAAGAACGUCGGAGACCGUCUUCGUACCUUUGACUAUUGGUGGCGGCAUUAGGGACACUGUGGAUACAGACGGUACUCACAUCCCAGCUCUAGACGUGGCAUCGAUGUACUUCAAAUCUGGGGCUGACAAAGUCAGCAUUGGUUCGGAUGCCGUUGUUGCUGCGGAAGAUUAUUACGCAGCUGGCAAAGUUCUGUCUGGCAAAACUGCCAUUGAAACUAUUUCUAAGGCGUAUGGAAACCAGGCUGUCGUUGUAAGCGUUGACCCGAAGCGCGUUUAUGUCAGCCAACCAGAAGACACGAAACACCGUACGAUAGAAACGAAAUUUCCUAACGCCGCCGGGCAAAAUUUCUGUUGGUACCAGUGUACUAUAAAGGGUGGCAGAGAGACCAGAGACUUAGAUGUCUGCCAGCUGGUGCAAGCCGUCGAGGCAAUGGGUGCUGGGGAGAUUCUGCUGAAUUGCAUUGAUAAAGACGGGAGCAACAGUGGUUUCGAUCUUGAACUGAUCAACCACGUCAAAGCUGCAGUAAAAAUACCCGUGAUUGCCUCUAGCGGAGCUGGUAUGCCGAAGCAUUUUGAGGAAGUUUUUGAUCAAACGACGACAGAUGCUGCUCUGGGUGCUGGGAUGUUCCAUCGUGGUGAGUAUACUGUUGGUGAAGUCAAGCAAUACCUUGAGGAUAGAGGUUUCCUUGUUCGACGAUUCGAGCCUGAUGUCUGAGUGGGUUAUGCGUCAAAUUCCGCUGCUGGUCCCCAGGUUUAGUUUGUCAGAUUCAGAUAUAGAUUUUAGAGGCAGAAUUAUAUCGUUUUGUUGAGCUCGU